AACCCCAUGCAGCGAUAAAUAGUUACAACUCCAUCGGUAUGUACAUUUUAGCCGUUUAGAUGCGGCUCGGUUCACGUAUGGGCCUGAAUUUAAAAACGUAAAUACCUCGCGAGUGCACAGCAAACCGAAACGCGUGAAAAGGUGUAUUGUUCCGAGUCUUUGAUAACUAUCAACCGCCCGGACAAAGUCAACCCUCCGGCUGCCCCUCCGCUGUUGGCGCUGGCUCAGUUCGGGUAAGUCAACCUGCCAAAGAAGCCGAGCCGCCGAGUAGUUGCGCGGAAAGCGUCAAACGGCGCAAGGAAAAUUAUUUAUUGUUUAGCUGCUGAACGGAACGGAACGGAACAGAACGUCGCGAAACCUCGGGCGAAAAAUCGAACAGUUUGGUGUCUGUCCUCCUCCUCGGUGCCCUAAUAGUUGCGCAGGAAGUAUUUUACGAACGCUUCGAACCGGGCGAUAAGAAAUGCACCGCGGGAAAAUGAAAGUGAAAUUAUCGGUUCCUGUGCGGUAGAAUGAUUAGAACGAUGAAAAGUGCACUCAUUCCGCCCUACGAAGAGUUUGGAUGAAAAACUGGUGUCAACUGGUGCGAACGAAGCGAACGAGCAGUUUUAAGUUAGGCGCUAACUAGCUACAAAGUGUAAACCCGAUAGAUUUCCAUUUAGAGUAUUAUAUUUUGUUGUGUUUAAUUUGCUUGAAAACAGCAACGAUCGAAUCAAGUAAAUAUGGUUAAACCAGCUGCCAGAAUAGUGAUUAAAUUUCUCGAAUUACUAGGUUGUGUUGCAUGUGUUAUCGCUAAAAUAAUCACCGAUCACGAGGCACGCAGAGUGUUCGUGAGAAAUCAAAAGCUGUCUAGAGAAUGGAGUCUGAUACACAACGUAACCUGGAGCACCGGGGGCAACGCAUUUACCAAUAUUGUCUACGGCGGCUACACGAUAGUCAUCGCACUCAUGCUAAUUACAAGAUGUGUAGACGCCAAAUCAAGACCAAACCUUUUCGAGAAGAUUGUUCUCUCCUUAGGCACGUUAUUGUUCUUCGCAGCCGGCGGCCUGGUUUUCGCUUCGAUAGACCAAGUACAUCCGGACCUCCAUGACAACGCAAUCAUUUUGGGUUGUUUAUCGUUCCUGGUUGCGAUAUUAUUUAUAAUCGACUUGGCUGACCCGUUGGCCCGUAUGUCCGCACACAUGACACAAACCGACGCAUCAACAAUGAAUGCAGUAUCUCGAGGUACCGAAGUUGAAAAAGAUUCGUUGAAAAAAGACGUUUCCACGGACACGGAGUCGCCGGUCUAUCUGAUAUCCAAAGACCGAUACAGAGAUAUGAUUGGGCCGGAUAGGCCAAAGUACUAUGAAGAAAAUGGUCAUGUUGAUGGGCAUGCUUAUAAUGACCGACGCGAGCCGGUACGGCAAAGCUACCGAGACCGGCCGGAACAGCGACGAUACAGCUACCUCGAGAGGGACGAACCUGAAAGACGUAGCGUCGAGUCUAUCGUCGAACGCAAGGUACUUCCAUCGGUUCAGACUCCGGUGUUCGCUCAUGUGCGAGCCCCCGAAGAGAGUCGACGGAUUGCCGGUAAAGAAAUUCAAUACCUACCUCGGUACGACUUCCGCGAUCGAAGGGAAUAUCGCGAUGCUGGACCGUACUCCAGCCGACAGCAGCUACACUCCACACAAUCAUCCCCUAAGGCACCAUCCUACCACGAUAAUGAAUCGUUCGUAGACGAAAUUUCCCCUUCACGAAGAAGCACAUACGUACCGGCUGAUAAAUAUGACAACGAAGUGGAAGUGGUGCAGAUUACCAGCCGGCCAAGACCUCCACCACCGGCGAAACCGAUUACUGCCCCGGCGACUAUGCAAGAAUCCGGUUCCGGCUCUAGCUGUAGUUGUCGCUGUUCCCAGCGGGGUUCGCCACCGAAGCGACCGGGGUAUCCACAACAGGGACGACAGCAGCAGCAGCAACCACAGCAACCACAACAACAGCAGCUAGCACAACAUCCUCAGCAGCAGCAGCAGCAUCAGGUGCAACCAAAACCCCAACAAUCGCAGCAGCAACCGAGGCAGCCACAAUCAACUGACGAACCGGACGUUCCGAUCAAACGCGGUUACGUUGCGAAUGCCGCCCGCAAGUGGGACGACCGAGUGAGAAGCAAAAGUCAGCCAAUCAUUGGACUGAAUACGAUGGUUUAGUUUAUACGGACUAGAUUGUGAAAUGUACUUGU